CUGCGGAAGCGAAGGGUACGCGUAAGCAAACUGAUCAGAAUUGCGCGUCUACAGAAAGUAUUUGUGGAUGCUGCACACUCGGAUGUACACUGUCGAUUGCUGAACGCCUAUCUACUCGACCAAAAUGCUGCUGACGGAGCAUGCCAAAUCGUAAGCAAGCGCUUUUUUAUUUGGAAGCUUUUAUCUGUUGUCGUGUUCAUCGCGGUGAGCAACGUAUAUACAAUCAAAGCACAUACACGAGGUCGUGACCCGCAUACGUGGAUUUUCUCAACAUCAACAGGAGAAAUACAGGAACAGUCGCUGGGUUGUCUCAUACUACCAAUCAUCAACGAAGGCGGCCACUGUUGUUUACAAAACAAGUAUCUCUUAGUUACCGCAUUUUAA